CCAUCUCAAUAUAUUUCAGCCAGUCUUCGCCCACAUUUGGCCGACAGUAGACCUGUUACAAGGUUCUAUCUUACACAACCAAGCUCGCGACUUGAAUUACAGCAAAACAAUGGCCGAACAGAAGUUGUCGUCUAAAGAGAUCUUCGAGCUGGAAGACAAGUAUGGCUGCCGCAACUAUGCACCGCUGCCCGUCGCGCUCUCCCGCGGAGAAGGAGUGUUCGUGUGGGACGUGGAAGGUAAGAAGUACUUCGACUUCCUGUCGGCGUACUCGGCGGUGAACCAGGGCCACUGCCACCCGCGCAUCAUCGCCGCUCUCAAGAACCAGGCAGAGAAACUCACCCUCGUGUCCAGAGCGUUCUACUCAGACCAGCUGGGAAAGUUCGAGAAGUUCCUGACGGGGGUGUUCGGCUUCGACCGGCUGCUGCCCAUGAACACGGGCGUGGAGGGCGGCGAGAGCGCCUGCAAGAUCGCGCGCCGCUGGGCCUACGAGGUCAAGAAGGUGCCCAAGGACCAGGCCAAGAUAAUCUUCGCGGAGAACAACUUCUGGGGCCGCACGCUGUCGGCGUGCUCGUCCUCCUCCGACCCCACCUGCUACCAGGGCUACGGGCCCUUCAUGCCCGGCUUCAAGCUCAUUCCCUACGAUGACAUUCCUGCGCUUGAGGCGGAGCUCCAAGACCCGACGGUGGCGGCCUUUAUGGUGGAGCCCAUCCAAGGCGAGGCGGGCGUGGUGGUCCCCGCGCCCGGGUACCUGCGGAGAGUGAGGGAACUGUGCACCAAGUACAAUGUACUGUGGAUAGCGGAUGAGGUGCAGACUGGGCUCGGUCGCACGGGCAAGCUGCUAGCGGUAGACCACGAGGGCGUGAAGCCCGACAUCCUGAUCCUGGGGAAGGCGCUGAGCGGCGGCGUCCUACCUGUGUCGGCCGUGCUGGCCAACAACGAUGUUAUGAACGUGAUCACGCCCGGAACCCACGGGUCUACAUACGGAGGCAACCCCCUGGCGUGUGCCGUCGCCACUGAAGCUAUCAAGGUGCUUCUAGAAGAGAACCUGUCCGAGAACGCGGAGCGGCUCGGCCGCGUGCUGAGAGCUGAACUAGAGACGAUCCCGAAGAGCCUGGUGACCACCGUGCGCGGGAAGGGACUCAUGAACGCCAUCGUCAUACACGACAGUAUCCCAGCCUACGAAGUCUGCCUGCGCCUGCGCGACGCCGGGCUCCUCGCCAAGCCGACGCACGGACAGACCAUCCGCCUGGCGCCGCCGCUCGUCAUCACUGAGCCGCAGGUCAAGCAGUGUGCGGAUAUUAUCAAGCAAGUGCUGGUUGACUUCAAGAAAUGAUUUGUGUUGGGGUUGCGGAGGGUUAGACGAUACUAGUUGCUUGAUUCUUUGAAGUGUUGUUUAUGUCCGGAUGUCGACGAGGCUAGUUUUUCAAGCUAGGAUAGCAAGCUAAUACUUCUACCUACUUUGUAAAAAUCAAGAUAGUUUGGUCUACACAAGGCCAUUGCUAGCUUAUUAACACUAGCUUUCUAUCCUAGCUUGUCAAACUAGCCUCACGUAUCCGAGCACUAAUGAGUGGAAAUGCGCAUUUAUAUUAUUACAUUUCCUUGUUCAAGAAUAUCGUAUCGUCUAAUUGGGCCCCUAAUGUGAAAUAUGGAGCGACAAUAAAUGUUUGGAUAUGUUGAUAAGAAUAUGUGUAAAUACAUAAUGAUUAAUAUCGACAUCCUGCUUCAUGCAUGUUUAAAUGAGAGAUCUAUUUAUAAUAAAUUAUUUGUGUACUUAAGAUAUCUUUCUGUAGAAAUUUAUUAUUAUAGUAAAUAAGCAUACCUUCCAUCAAUAUAAAUAAAUACACUGCCAUUUAACUGUUAAA